AUGUCCAUAAAAUCACGAGAACUUGGUCUCUGUUUAGUAUGUAAUGAUGUUGCUGUUGGUAUUAAUUUUGGUAUACCAACAUGUAUGCCAUGUAAAGCAUUUUUUCGACGAAAUGCAGUUAAACUUGGCACAACUGAUUUCGUUUGUCAAGAAGAUGGCGACUGCCCAAUAACAUGCGAUUCUCGUCGUAUGUGUAAUUGUUGUCGGUUGGCAAAAUGUUUUCGUGUUGGUAUGCAGAAAUCCUUGAUUUUAUCGGAUGCUGAAAAAUUAGCAAGAAGAGAACUUAUUCAGAAAAAUCGACAAAAACGUGCAGAAUUAAUGAAAACACAAAAUUCAAGUCUAAUUCUAGUCUCAGAUCUAUGUGCUUUGGGACAUCGGCAACCAACAUAUUUAUCGUCAUCUGAUCAAACUCUUCUCACUAAUAUCUUUAGUACAUACGAGCUUAUUUAUGAAAAGAAAACCCGAUGUCAAUAUGAAUUAUUUCCUUCUCUAGCACAUACUAGCGUACAUUCGUUUUUCAAUGAAUAUGAAGAACGACACAAAAUACUAAUUGAUUAUUUUAAGAAUAUACCUGAAUUCUCUAACUUGAUCGUCGAUGAUAAAAUACGUUUAAUUCGAAAUCAUUUUGGAAUAAUGAUUACUAUUAAUGAAUUAAUGCUUAGUAGAACUAUGCAUGACAAUUUGUCAGCUUCACUAAAAAAUAUAUUUGGCAUUCAUUUGGCGACGAACACCAUACGAGGUUCCGAGAGAAUACUCAGUUACAUACAUGAUCCAGUGUUACUCAAACUGGUUCUUAUCGUUCUGACUUUAUCGAGUAGCAUUAAUAAAUAUCGUGAUGAUACAGAUAUUGAUCGUAUUUUUGACAAUAGUUUAGCAAUAUUUGCUGGUCAAAAUAUUUAUGUUGAGCUAUUGUGGAGAUAUCUUGUAUCAAGAUUAUCGACAGAACAAAAUACAGUGAAAUUUUUCAAUAAACUUGUAUUAGAUCUACUUUUUAUUCAACUCGCUUGCUUUAACGUCGAACGUUACAUGAGCAAUCUACAAGAUGAAGUCGAUCAAAUGAAACCAUUGAUGCAAAGUAUGUGGCCUAAAUCAAAAAAACUAGAUGAACUGGAUUACGAUGAAGAUAUGUGUAUGAAAAAUAACCCAUAG